AUGGACAUCAGAAAAUAUUUUUUAAAGAAUGUAAAUGAAAAAGAUCAUCAUCGCAAGAAAAUUGAUUCAAUUUCAAGUGAAAAUAGGGUAUCAGAAAUAUUAUGUAACAAUCAUGAAAAUAUAUCAAAAAAGAAGGAUAUUAGAAUAAAUUUAACAAGGAUUGAUGAACUGAUGUUGCUGGGAGAUAAUAAUUCUCUAAAUAUAAGAGACCUUGAUUCAAUUGUUAUUGAUUAUCAAAAAGAUGAUCAAAUAUUAGAGAUUGUGCUAGAGAAUGAGAAAAGUAAUCCUAUCAUCCAGGUAAUCCCAAUAGUUGAUGUCGUUGAUGAAAGAUCUGCAGUAAAUCUUAGACAGUCAAGAGUUCAAAAUAUGGAUAGUACUUUACCAUUUGACAUAAGCAAUUAUGUUCAAUUGGAUGUAGUCCCCAAAGACUUUAAUAUACUAGAGAGUAUAUAUAGGCCACCCAAUAAUUUUAAAUUUCCAAGAGAUCUAUCUAGAAGGAAAUUAAAAUUUUAAUUUAAUUGGUUUACCACUUGGCCUUGAUUGGCUUACUCACCUUCACAAAAUGGGGCUUAUUGUAAAUAUUGUGUUCUAUUUGGACCAUAAUAUGCUGGUAAAGGUGAACAAAAAUUAAAGCGACUUGUGAAUUGCCCAUAUAAACGUUGGAAAGAUGCAGGGGAGAAUUUUGAAAAUCAUCAAAACAAUUUAUACCA